AGACACACUCAUACACACACACAAACACAACAGCACCAACAACAACAACAACAAACAACUACAUUUUUUUGCUCAAGCCCCAACCCCCCAAAGCCAGCAGCAUAGGGCUUCGUUCCCUCCCUCCCUACUCUCUCUCUCUCUCUCCCGUUAUCGGAUCUGAUUCGCCACCUUCUCUCUUGUCCAAUCCCAUCAAAUUCCCACCCCCAACAGAUCCAAAUCCCGCCACGACCCGACACCACCAACCCGACCCGGGUCGGCUCCGAUCGUCCGACCCGUCCCCCCUCGCGCUCCCGCUCUCAAAUGGGACUGCCCACUAAACGAUGAGCAAAGCCGGGGAGGAAGAAGACGAAGACGAGUGCUUCUACGAGUCCCUCGAUCGCAUUUUCGUCUCCUCCUCCUCCUCCUCCUGUUCUUGCUCCACCUCCACCUCCGACUCCGACGACGACGCCGCCGCCGCCGUCUCUUCUUCUUCUCCCAAUUAUGCUUCCCGCAAGCGCUUUCCCACCCCAAAGUUCCCAAUGGGGGCCUACAAGUACGACGUCUGGAUCUCCGAGCCCGCCUCCAUCUCCGACCGCCGCUUACGUCUCCUCCGCGAAAUGGGCCUCAGCGGCGACCCGGCCCUGUCGCGCGCCAAGCCCGACCCGGUGGACCGCUCGGCGUCGUCGGAUCAUAUGACCAAACGACACAGCCCUGCCGCCGUUCCGGAAAUCGUGCGGUUCAAAUCGGACGGCGUCGAACACUUUAACGGCGCUGCAUCCGCUAGUUCGUCGCCUAUUCUUUGUUCCGAGAUUGAGGCUCCGGCUCCGGCCGAGGCCGAGACCAAAAAUUCGUUUGUAAAUACACAGAAAAAAAAAGAUUGCGUUUGUAAAUCGGCGAGCGGCAAGAGCAAUGGACCUUCUCCGUCGCCGCCGAAUAGGCCGCCAUCCGGCCGGCGGUGCGGCGACGAGAUUCGGUUAGAGGUGGAGCAGGAGGAGGAGGAGGAGAGUGAAGUGUGUACUAUUCGGAAUCUUGAUAAUGGGAAGGAGUUUGUGGUGAAUGAGAUCAGGGAAGAUGGGAUGUGGAACAAGCUUAAGGAAGUGGGGACCGGGAAGCAGUUGACCAUGGAGGAGUUUGAGAUGAGUGUGGGCCAUUCCCCCAUUGUUCAGGAACUGAUGCGGCGGCAGAAUGUGGAGGAGAGUCACAAGGCCGGCGGUGGUGGUGGUGGUGGUUCGGAUUCGAAUGCCAAUGGGGGCGGUGGCGGGAUUCCCAAGUUGAAGAAGAGGGGUUGGUUCAAGAGCAUCAAGAGUGUUGCGAGUACUGUGACUGGGCAUAAGGAGAGAAGGAGCAGUGAUGAGAGGGACACGUCGUCGGAGAAGGGGGGCAGGAGGUCAAGCUCUGCCACUGAUGAUAGCCAGGAUGUGUCGUUUCAUGGGCCCGAGAGAGUGAGGGUCAGGCAGUAUGGCAAGUCUUGUAAGGAGCUAACGGCUGUGUACAAGACACAGGAGAUUCAGGCGCAUCAUGGGUCUAUUUGGAGUAUUAAGUUUAGCUUGGAUGGCAAGUAUCUGGCGAGUGCCGGUGAGGAUUGUGUGAUUCAUAUAUGGCAGGUGAUGGAUACCGAGAGGAAGGGUGACCUGUUGAUGCAGAAAUCGGAAGAUAACAAUUUGGAUUUGUUGUUUAUUGCCAAUGGAUCUUCAGAACCAUGUUCCGUCUCGCCCAAUAGUUACAGCCAUCUGGAAAAAAAGAAGAGAGGGAGGACGUCUAUCAGUCGGAAAUCAUUGAGUUUGGAACAUUAUGUGAUUCCAGAGACUAUGUUUGCACUUUCAGAAAAGCCCAUCUGUUCAUUCCAAGGUCACGUCGAUGAUGUGCUAGACCUCUCUUGGUCCAAGUCUCAGUACCUGCUCUCAUCUUCUAUGGAUAAAACGGUGCGCCUCUGGGAUUUGUCUAAAAAGUCUUGUUUGUGGACAUUUUCACACAUUGACUAUGUAACUUGCAUCCAGUUUAAUCCCGUUGAUGAUAACUACUUCAUUAGUGGAUCACUUGAUGCUAAGGUUCGCAUAUGGAGCAUCCAUGAUCACCAAGUGGUUGAUUGGAAUGAUACGCAUGAGAUGGUAACUGCUGCUUGCUACACUCCUGAUGGUCAGGGUGCUCUAGUUGGAACCUACAAAGGGAGCUGCCGGUUAUACAACACAUCUGAUAAUAAGUUGCAAGAGAAAUGCCAAAUAAAUCUGCAGAACAAGAAAAAGAAAUCUCAUCACAAGAAAAUUACUGGUUUCCAGUUUGCACCAGGAAGUUCCUCAGAAGUACUAGUUACAUCUGCAGAUUCACGAGUCAGGGUUGUCGAUGGUAUUGAUCUAGUUCACAAGUUCAAGGGAUUUCGUAACACAAAUAGCCAAAUCUCAGCAACCCUCACAGCAAACGGUAAAUAUGUGGUAUCUGCCAGCGAGGAUUCUCAUGUAUAUAUAUGGAAACAUGAAGCUGAUUCGCGCCCUAGCAGAAGCAAAAGUGUUACUGUUACACGGUCGUAUGAGCAUUUUCAUAGUCACAAUGUAUCAGUGGCCGUCUCUUGGCCUGGUGUUGGUGAUUCAUGGGGACUACAAGAUGGAGAUCAAAAUGGACUUGGACUUGACAACAAUCUUGAUGAGGUUUCUACAGCCAAUCAUCCCCCUACUCCUGUUGAGGAGGCUAACGGCAAGGAUGGUUCACGAUCAGCAUCGGGUUGCACCAAUAGCCCUCUCCAUGGAACAAUUACUAGUGCAUCCAACAGUUACUUCUUUGAUAGAAUUUCGGCAACGUGGCCUGAGGAAAAACUUCCUCUAGCUACUAAGAAACGAAGCCCUCGUGUAAGUUUUGAUUUUAGCAAUGGUGUAAGCCAGAACAUUCCGGCCUGGGGUAUGGUGAUUGUAACCGCUGGCUUGGGAGGUGAAAUUAGAACUUUCCAAAAUUUUGGGUUGCCGAUUCGGAUUUAAGGGCCCAAAGAUUUAGGUCCCCUGAUCCUGGGAAUGACGAGUUAAUACUACCACAGCUCUUUCCCCUAUUGGCAAAUAUGUACAGAGAGAUUUGGUGAGAGUUGUAAUAUUAGUGAGAGUUCCAUUUGUUUCGAUGUGCUUGUGCCUGUUGGAGAGGCAGUCCACUCUGACUGGGCAUCUAUCGAGAAAGAAAAUAGAUUUGUUGCACCCGCAAAAAAAAAAAAAAAACAAAAAAAUUACACCAUGAAUUUAGAAACCGAAGAAUUUGUUGUAAUCGGGAAUUCUAAGUUGUGAGAUGGGAAAAGCUUAUUAAAUUUAGAAAUGAAAAUUCUUUAUAGUUGAUGUGCA